AAUGCAGGCGUUUUACUGGACCAGCUCAAUAAAAGGGUUGUCGUGUAGCUGUACUGUAACCGUUUCCUGGAAUUGCAGACGAGCAGAUGUCCCUUUCUGAAUCCAACACCAAACAGAGCGGCUGGAAAUAAAGAGAAUGAAGAUAACCGCCAUUAUCGUCGUUGUUUGUGUCACGUGGUCCGCAAUACAAGCAGAACUAAUCCACACUGUACUGAGGCGAUCAAUGGGGAUGGAUAAAUUAAAGGCUGUAAUGAUGGACUUCGGUGACAGUGACGACGACAGGGAACUGACUGGAGAAGAAAUAGAAAAUUUCUUUACGUAUUUCAUUAACCUUAGUGAGAGCAACGCCCUGCGUACAGCCCAGCAGUUCAUUAAGGACGCCGAUAUCAACGAAAACGGCUCAUUGGAUGAAGAAGAAUUGUCACGUGCUCUCCGGCAUUACGCUUUUGGGAACCAAUUAUGAACUUUUGAGAUUCCUCGGAACAAACCAACUUGACAUUUUGUGAUUCCUGUUGAAACAUGUGUACAAAUAUUUUCCUUGAAUUAUUAUAUUUAAAAAUACAGUGUUUUUUAAAUGUAUUCGAUGAUAAAAUAUACUUGGCACAAAUAUCUACAAUGUUUAAAUGUAUUCGAUGAUAAAAUAUAUUUGACACAAA